UAGACAGGUGUGUGGGGGAAGAUAUAGGUUGAUUGGCCGACCCAGACGAAGUGGUGACCCAACCUCUAUCAGUUCUACUUAUACCCCAACAACAAUCCACUGUGACAAUUGUCUUAUUAGUGCCAUUGGAUGUCUACCCAUCCCACUGCCUGGUUUUAGUUGUUUUCACUUCUCUUUCUCGCUAGUUUAUAACUUUGGAUCUAAUCCAGACACAUCUCCUUUCAAUCCAACUGAUAUUGCUGACUGGUCUAGUCUCAUUGGCUGUAUUCUUUCAGUGAUCCCUGUAACAGCACCAAUUUCAGGAUUAUUUUGCCUUCCUUCCCUGCUCCGUGACUGUCUUGGCGCUGACACAACAAUUGGUCGCAGAAGGCGAAGUCUAGCAAACACUGUUCGUGAAACUAUUCCAUAUAUUUACGCAAUGCACGAGUUUACACUACUUGGCGUUGAAAUAUUAGGUCAUGAGAGGUGGUUAAGACUAGUAUCUGAUCCACUAUGGGUAUCAGAUGUGUUGCGCCCAGCAUUAGGUGACUCCAGCAGUGGAGGAAUUAUGAUUACUAGAGAUGAGUUUACUGCAAUCACAAGCUUGCCCACCACCUCGUAAUGCCACAAGGGAAAUGGUGGGAUCCCUGCUGGAAAGGUUUAAUAACACAUUCAUUGGGUGGGGUAAUGGAACACUUGAGCCUCAAAAUGGAUCCAAUAUGGUGUCGUACAGUGCAGUUCAAAACUUCACCAGAAAUGUGCACACUGCUCAUGGACUAAUUGGUUUGGGAGAAGAAGAAUCGUUUCUUGAUUCUUACAAUGAUGUAAUAGAGCAAUACAACAUGAUUGCAGGGGCAGAUGAGGAUGAAGAUGAAGGGUUUGUGCAGUUGUCAGAAUCAGAAUAGAGCAAGAAAUGCAUUGACCAGAGAUGCUUUUCUGGCUAGACUGGAGAUUGAGAACAUGGAAGCUACAGAAUUACGGAGAAUUCAAAUGGCCUUCCUCAUUACCGAUGUUGGCUCAGGAGCAGUGUCCACUCAACUCUUUGUCAUAGGGAAUGAGACACUGACUGGAGCUCUGAGAGACGGAGAUGGAGGAUGGAUCCUGGCCAGCAGUGAGUCAGGAGCUGCUGAAUGGCUCAUUGUCCCCCUGUCUGAGGCUGCCCCUACUGAAAACAGAAAUUAUGACAUUGGAGGGUCAUUUUCAUACGUCUCAAGUGGAGAGAACAUCACAAUCCCACUCCUGCCCACUAGAAUCACGGUAGCCCCAGACCCUUCACUCAUCAUCCACUACUUUUGGGAGAAGUUUGUGAUUGGAGACAACCCAUUCACUGACGAAAGAGAGCCCUCAGUACCAUUUGCUCUGGGAGUGGCCAUCCACAAUGGAGGUUAUGGGACAGCAAUGAACCUGAGGAUAACAUCAGGUCAGCCAGAGAUCAUUGAGAAUGAGAAGGGACUCUUGGUUACUUUUAAGAUUAUUGGAACAAGAAUCGGAGGUGAAAGUGUGAGUCCCUCACUGACAGUAAACUUUGGAGACAUUGAGGCGAUGGAGACAAAGGUAGCCCGGUGGCUCCUCAUCUCCAGCCUUCAGGGGGAGUUCACAAACUAUUCUGCCAGUUUUGAGUACAUGAACCCACUAGGUGAUCCCAGACUCUCUGUGUUGGACGAACUUGUCAUCCACGAUCUCAUCAGAAAUGUGGUCAUAUAUCAGGAAGAUGAGAGCGAUGGUGUCUUAGACUUUCUAGUCAACGAUGCUACUGACUUGUUUGAUAUUCCAGAUGCUUUAUACAGCAGCAAGACCUUCACUAGAUACAAUGUGAGUGAAGGAGCAAUCGAAUCAAUCAUUCCUCAAGGUUCUGGUAGUAUAGAGGUCCUUACAUCCAGCAACUUCAGUGGUUGGGUCUACUUCAGGUUUGAAGAUGUUGGCAGGGUGUUCACUGAAACCAAAAGAAGCAUCAAUUUCACAAAAGCUGUUGGUGGAGAGGUGACUCGACUACCUCUAGAGAAUGCAUAGGUUGCUGGGGAGGCUCAGCCAAGUCCAGAUGAUUCAGAUCCAUUCUUCUUGCACAUUAUCGACUACCUGGAUGAGGCUGGGGAAGUUGUCUAUCUCUUGAACCCAUGUGUAACUGACUGUGCCACAGAUGAACAAGAAUUUGAACCAAUUGUUCCUCCUGUUCCUCCGAUAAAUGUGGAGGUGGAGGCAAUUGGCUCAACCUGGAUCAUCCUCUCCUGGGAGCCAGUGGUCACAUCUGCUGGUUUGUUGAUCCAGCUGGUGCUGGUGAGCGGAGGAGGGACAGAGUACAAUGUCACAGUUGAUAGCCAGAGAGCGAAGUCCAACAUAACCAACUUAGAUGCUGGCGUCAUGUACUCGAUGAGAGUAGUAACUGUGGCAGAAGAUGGACAGAUGAGUUUUCCCAGUCUCCCUGCACUAACAAUGACACAGAUUUCAUUUGACAGACCGCCAGAGAACCUGGUGUUGGAGAGUGCCGGAGUGUCAUGGAUAGUGGUGUCUUGGUCUCUCUUCCCUGGAGAUGUCCUGACUUCAUCCCAGGUCAUCCUGGUCAGUGGUGGAGGGACUGAGAGGAACAUUACUCUAGAAGGCAAUGGGACAUCAGUGAAUGUGACGGGUCUUCAGUCAGGGACUGAGUACUCAUUCAGAGUGAUUGCAAUAGCCAGUGACGGACAGACAAGUACACCCAGUGCCGUUCUCACUGCCAGCACAGCUGGAACUCUAGUUCCCACAGAAGCUUUUUAUGAUACUGUAAUUGGAGAUCCACUGUUCACGGUGGCUGUACAAGAAGAUCAGUUCAUGUGCUAUGAGAUUCAUGGACAUGCUGGAAAGUAUUACAACCUCGUUUCGGAUACGUGCACCUCUGUUAGUGCUCUUUUUACUGAACAGCCAUCUGAUCCAAGACGCAAUAGGAUGAGUGAAAUCGGUAUUUACGCAGUGAGCACACACAAUACUUGUGCCAAGAUCCAAAUUAGCCUUGAGAACUGUGCAGGUAAUUUGAAUAGUGAGACAGUCACCUCAACCAAUCAACAAAACGGUAUCAGUGUGAGACAAUACCUCAAUCGCUGGCGAGUCUCUGUCCCCAAUUGUGACUCCACGCAAUCUCUGAUAAUGUGGAUCUUCUGUGACAGUGAACCAGACAUGCUGCGAUUCCGCAUCGCCAGAGGCAACAACUUGGCUCCCACUUCCCAUGGACUUCUAGGUCAAUUUUGGAACAUUCCAAUUACUGCAAUAGUUGAUGGCGGUGAACAUUUUGUGGUCCUAUUCAACUCUACGAGUCCUCACUACCGCCGUAUACCAGCAGAGCUGGCAGCACUCACCUGGGACCACACCCUGGCUCCCUGCUACUAUGUAGGAGACUCUCAGGGUGGGCCCGAAAGAUCUAAUGACCCCAGAGAGUCUGUCAUUGAAGGAAGUGUGGCUCGGUACCACACAUCUUCUCUGUUUGGAACAUCAUUCUUUUACAGCAAAUUUGAUGAGUCCCAGUGUAAUACUGGCAGAGAUUGAAUUUACUGCUCCCGAAAAUACAACUCUUAAACUGCUAAACUGGUGUGUGUUAUUAUUAUGUUGUUGCUGUGCCUAAAAUGUCACAUUAUAGAACAGGUCAUGCAGUCUAGACUUACAGUUGGUAGCUAAGCCUAAGCAAGUCCCACUGGGCAAAAUCACUAAGUACGAUAGUACUUAGUGAAAUAGAGAUAACAUGUAAUCGACAGAACUAUUAAUCUUAUUUUAGGAGUUCUAUUUUUCUUACACGUGUAUAUACUGUGCGUUAUUUAGAAUAAUCGCACGUUUUUUAUGUCUCCGUCGUGUCGUCGUGCUGCGUGAGUUUCAGAGUUUUUAUAUUUUUCUAUGAGUUUAUUGGUCCUUUGAGGCUUUCUAUUUUUCUACCGGCUGUUGUUUUUAUCCUGUAGCUGUCGUUUUUUGUACAUGAUUUCUAUCUAUUUAUUUUAUAACUAUGUGUAAGGGAGGUUGGGACACUGGGUGUGUAGGGAGAGUUGGGCCCAUAAAAGACUCUUUAACCUACUGCCCCGGUUCUCAAGGCUGGGCACCCAGGGUCCUGCCUCUUUCUAUAUGUUAUUGUCUGUGUUUUUGUACGCUUGGGUACUUUAUUGUCUGUGUUUUGUGUGCUUGGGUGGGGGAGGUUCUUUCUUUUCCUCUGAGC